UUCGGGAACACCUGACUACAUUUAUGUCGUCGUUCGGUGAGAGAGCGAGAGAGAGUGAUUGAUAGAGAGCAAUCUGGAUCCGGGCACUCAUCGAGAGAGAGAGAGGGGGGACGGGGGGGGCGGGGGGGGAGGAAGCUGGGCUUCGCUUGGAAAGCGUGCCCGAUGCUGUCGGGCAUGAUCGCCGGCGAAGCGAAGGAUGGCGGGAAAGGCGAAGUGAUCGUGAUGGAUAGGGCGUUGAUUUGGCGGGAAGGGAAGAAGAGUAAUUCUGGCAGGGCGGGAAAAGAGUAGUAGUAGUUGGAGGAGGAGUUGGAGGAGGAGGAGGAGGUUUUUAAAGAGGCGAGCAUGACGGAUAUGGCGGCCACAGCAGCAGUAGUUGUAAGAGGGAGAGAUGGGAGGAAGGGUCAAGCAGUUGAUGAAGAUGAUGCUUUCGUGACCAUUUCUGAUGAUGAGGAUGAUAAUGAUUCCGGGCUUAUGUGUGAUGAAGAUGAGGACGCUGCGCCUCAGUCGCCGAUCGCACCGUCGAUGAUAACUCAGGAUCUGGAUCUGGACGGCGGCGGCGGCGGUAAGGAUCUGUACGGCGGUUUGGGCUUCCCUUCUUCUGCAUCUUCAGGUUCUGGCUGUCCUGGAUUGCCUUCGUCUGCGUUUUGUAUCAUUGACGUUGACGUCAGGAAGUGUGAUGAUGGCGAUGGUGAUGAUGAUGAUGAUGACGGCUGUGAUGAACAGGAGCGCGCGGGAGCGGCGGACGUCUUGGUGACAGGUUUUUGUGAAGAAGAUGAGGAGGGUGAGUCGAAGGAUGAUGAAGACGCCUUGUUGAACAGUGAUCGUGGAAAGAGAGAAGGGAAGCUUGAGGAACCAGGGAAGGGUAGGGGCGAGGGGAGAGAGAAGGCCAAUGGUGAGGGGAAGUGUGAGGUGGGUGGGAAUUGGAAUCCCUGUACUGAUAACAAGGAGCAUCGGUAUGCGGCGGGGUCAAUUUUUGUUGACGAAGCCACGUGUAGUAAGCCGUUGAGUCUUGUGGGGGGUCGUAGGGACGACAUCGACGUGUUGGGUUGCGUUGGGAGGACCGUCCCGACUCCCUCCUCCUCCAUCCCCUUGGGGGGAGCGGAGCGCAUCUUUUCCUCUCUGAUGGCGGCAGGAGCAUCGAGUGACAGUGACGGCAACAUGAAGUUAUUGUUGUCAACGAAAAAGAAGCACUCGGACGAGGAGGAGAGUCGGGCGUUGUAUAGCGCGUCUUUGUGUAGCGCGGCGGCUUUGUGUCAGCGUUCUUUGGAGGGAAAGGAGGGCGUUCCUCCUAUUUCUGUGGGAUUUCGAGGAGGAGGCGCGGGGCUUGUGGUGCAGCAUCAGCAGGAGGAGAAGGAGGAGGAGGAGGUGGUUGGCGGGGGCAGCGGGAAGUGUUCGCCGGUGGUGGUUGACUCCAACAGAUCAUCUGGGUCGGGAUUGAUCGUUGAUGGCGAUGGUGAUCCAUCGAAGGAUAAGAUGGGGGGGAAGGCGUCGGACGUGCUUGAUGAUGACUCAGCAAGAAGAGCCGGCGGGGGGGGAAGAGGAAGGGUGCGAGCGGGGGGGGCAGGCGGAGACAGGACACGAGGAGGCUUGGCCUCGGCGACGGAGACGGUGAAUAGGGUAUGGAUCGUGGAGCAUGCAGGCAAGGAUGGGUGGCGUGCGAAGGAGGAGGAGGAGGAGGGAGGGGGAGAGGGAGAGGAGAGGGAGGAGAGGGAGGAGAAGUUGUGGAGUUGCAGAGCGUGUACUUUCGACAAUACCCGAGAUCGAAGGCGAUGCGAGAUGUGUGACUCUCCCGUUCCUCCCGAAAAGGUGACAAGGGGGAAACGGAGCGUGACGGGAAAGAGAGGAGGAGGAGGAGGAGGAGGAGGAGAAGAAGGGAAAGGAGGGAGCGGAGGAAGGGGCAGGGGGGUGAUGAUGAAGAAGAUGUGUGGAGAGGUGGGCGGCGGCGCUGCUGCUACGUCGUCUUCCUCCUUCUCUUCCUUAUUGCAGUCCUCUGCCCUGCAGCAGCAGCAGCAGACCUGGACUUGUCAGAUCUGCACACUCGUGAACGACAAAAAGCGCAAAGCUUGUGCGGCGUGCGACUGGCACCCGCGUGUGGAUGGUAUCGCGCUUGCCGCCGAGGUCCCAACUGUGGCGGCGAUGGCGAUGGGUCUUCUUGAUCCCUAUCCCAAUCCCAAUAGCAAUUACCCCAGAGGAGGUUGGCACGAAGGCGGUAUGGGUUCCGAAGCUGUGGAGAAGGACGAGAGGGAGGAGGAAGGGCUGGGGAGCGGAAUGAUGGGAGCAGCAGGAGGUCAUCAAGCGAGUGCCAGCGAGGUGACACGUGUCGCCAGCCGCCGUUUUGGCGGGAACAGCGUGUUCUUCGUCGGCGGGGGGUUACAGGAUUGGGAUGAACGAGUGCGGUGCAGAAGUUCUUCAAAGCUGUCUUUGAGAGAGCAGGGCAAGGCGCUUCUGCCAUCCGGACGGCGAGCAGGAGGUGUUGGUGAGGGAGGAGGAGGAGGAGGAGGAGGAGAGGGAGCAGUUGCGGGAGCCUGGUUUGCACAAGAUGGAGUGGACGAGAAGGAAGACGCCAUAGCCAGAUUCAAGAAACAUGCGCAUGAAGACUCAAAAGUUAGGUGGGGGAUAGAGAAGUCCUCAGGGAGGUUGAGAUUGGAUACCAGCUCUGAUCUGACCUGCAAGAAGAGCGUGGGAGAACCUGUGGUGGCUGGACUCGAUGGCAGAGAUAUAGAGGAAGCCAUAGCCAAGAUCGAAGCAAACGAUAGAGAGGAAGCCAUAGCCAAGAUUGAAGCAAACGCCAUAGCCGCAGUCGAUGAUGACUCGGCGGCAAAUAGGGUUGCUGAAGAAGCCGCCAUCGCCAGAUCGAGAGAGAGAAAGGAGGAGGAAGGUAGUGUAUCCCGGUGCAACGAGGACAAUGUCCAACCCAUCAAUAAGAAAGGGCAUGGAAGAAGGGGAGGGGUCGGCGAUGGAGGAUAUGGGAGAAGGGGAGAGAGAGAAAGAGGUGUUUUUUCCGGUCGAGGACGAGAACAGAAAUCGGCGGCGGUUGUUAUUGAUUUAGAAGAAGACGAACAGGCUUCGGGAGACACGCGCCACGAUGAUAGUGGUGCAGGGGCUACAGUGGUGGCUGCUUUGCCGACGUCCUCCUCCCGGCUUCUGGAUUAUGAAGAUGUUGAUGACCAAUACGUGGGAGCAAAUGGUGAACCGACCACCUCCGGAGGUUGCGGUCGUGAUAUGGUGACAUACUCGAAGAGAACUGCUCUCAAGACUUUCGUAGAUGCACUGCGUAACUGCUUCGAAGAUAAAACUGAAGCCAUGAGGACCGCUGACAAGCUCAACAAUAUCUAUCUGAGUGUGUCGACAUUAAAGGCUAGGAUGGAUGACCUGUUGCAGACCCCGGAUCAUGGUCUGACUCCCGAGCAGAUUCUGAGCAACUUUGGUAGAGCUCUUCCCGACCCCAUCAAGAGAAAUCUCUAUGCUAAGGUAAACAAGGAUGGCAUGACCUAUGAGCAGUUUAGCAAGAUGGAAGUGGAUCAGGCUGGUUUUUUCCAGGAAGCAAACUGUCAUUGGUACGGUGAUUUGGAGAAGGGGAAGAGUUGGAAAGGUGAGACUCCGUGAUACUUAGUCAAAUGAUGGCGCACACAGUAGUCGUGUGCAACAGCCAAGCGAAGUGCAAUGCCCAACAACGAACUCGACGGUGAACCAUAGUAACACGCAGAAAUGCACAGCAAAGUGCAGCGCUGCUCAAUAGUACGUCGAGUCAACACACAGCAUUGCCACGACAACCUCGGCAAUGCAGAAUGCUGCAAGAAAAAUUGUGUGUAGCAGCAGCACCCCCUUUCGAGUAGGCCAGCAAAAGUCUAUCGAGUGAUCUACAGUCUGAUCCCGUUGAUGGAUCAGCAGUCUCAAGUCUGAGAAACCAAAUGUCUAAAUGAAAAGCAACAGAAGUC